UGAUGCUUGAACUACCGGCAUGCUGAUAACGGGACAAGGUUAUGCACAAAUGAGGGACAUAACAUCAACAUUAGAAAUUCCAUGCAUGGCCAAAGAGACUUUCCAGAGGCACCAAAGGAGUUUGUCAUCGGUGAUAAACAAUGCCGCUUGGGAGGAAAUGGAAGCUGCAGGAAAGGAAAAAUAUUAUUUGGCCAUAUCUGGAGGUACUGUUGACGAAAAUGGCACACCCAUUAUUAAAAUAAUAACUGAUGGAACUUGGUGCAAAAGAUCGUUUGGAAUUUGGAACUAGUUACAGGGCCUUGUCUGGAAUGGCUUGUAUUAUUGGAGCGCGCAGUAGAAAAGUAUUAUUUGCAAGCACUAGAAAUUCCUACUGUUGCAUAUGCGCUCGAUCUUCCACUAAGAACGAACCAUCACAUGAACAUAUUUGUUAUAAAAACUGGUUAAAAACACCAACAGCGAUGGAAGCAGAUAUAAUUGUGGAAGGUUUCAAAAACAGCAUGUCAAUGCACAAUUUGAAAUAUGGGUACAUUAUAGGAGAUGGAGACAGCAGUGUUAUGGCGCAACUCACAAAAGCCCAGCCUUAUGGACCAGAAUUCACCAUAACCAAAAUUGAAUGUUCUAAUCACAUACUCAGAAAUUACCUUCGGCGAAUAAGAGACAUAAGCACGAAAACUAAGAAUCCUGUUUGGCAAGUUCCACUGAGUGCAAGAAGAGCUAUUACUGUUGAUAGGCAACUUCGUUUGCGGUCUGCUGUGACAAGUGCUAUGAAGUACAGGGCUGGUCAAGCAGACUUAACUUUACAACAAAAGAUUAAUGAACUGAAGAAGGAUAUACAAAAUGGCCCAUUCCAUGCUUUUGGAGACCACAGCAUGUGUCAGGAACGAGGGUAUUUCUGUACAGGUCCAAAGCAAGAUGAGGAUAAUAUAGUUCCAGAUUUGAAAGUAGUUGGUAUUUGGGAUGAGAUUUUAGCAGCCAGAAAUAUUGUUGCUUCCCACGCAGCUAGCCUCAUUCACAAUGUUUCAACAAACAGGGCAGAGUCCUUCAAUUCCAUUAUUUGCAAAUAUGUAAGUGGAAAGAGAGUGAAUCAUUGUCUUCGUGGAGGAUACAAUAUAAGGUGUGAUUUGUCAGUGAUAAAUGUAAAUAGCGAUGGCAGAACACAGGGUAUAAUUCACAAGAGUUUAACAAGACACAGCCCAGGGAAAAUUUGCAAACAAAACAUUCUAAGUAAACAAAAUUCAGUUUCAAAGCGGCGUAAAAGACAACGAUACACGCUGUGA